UAAAUAUACAUCUAUUUUAUAUUUUAAUAAUUUUUAAUAUUCUGCACAAUAUUGAAUAAGCAUUCAAUUUAUUAUGUUAGAGCCUAUUGCAGCUUACAGUGCAUGCUCCAUUAAUCCACGUCUACGGCAUUCCAUGGUUAUUAGUCGAAUAUAUAUACGAUUACGCCAUAUACUUAUAUCCCCUGAUAUUAUUGGUGUUAUUGGUAAUGUUGGUAAUAUUUGGUAUUUUAGUUGUACAAAAAUUGGCAACACUCAUUCGUUAGUUGUUGGAGUUGAAUGUUGGUAAUACGAUUAUAAUGUCAGAGAGAAAUCUCUGAUAAAAAAACGGAAUAAUAAUCAAUCAAAAUCAAGAUUUCUUACAUGAAAGACUUUAAGGAUAAGAAUGAAAAUAAUAAAAUGGAAUGAAAUCUAAUAUCCGGGAACGGAAUAAUUGUUUCAUACAAUCCAUUCGUAUAAAAGGAAUUACAUAAUAAUGGGAAAAUAUAUUCUAGUACUAUUCUUUUUUUCGUGUAUAUAUCAAUUUGAUGGCGUACAAACUGAUUCUCCUCCAGUUGUUCUAUGGCAUGGAAUGGGAGACAGUUGCUGCUUUUCAUUUAGUUUGGGAGGAAUAAAAAAAUUGAUAGAGAAUAAAAUACCUGAUAUUUAUGUGUAUUCCAUUCGAUUGGGAAAUAAUGAAAUAGAGGAUGUCGAAAAUAGUUACUUUGGAAAUAUUAAUGAGCAAAUACAAGAAGUUUGUGAACAAUUGCUGAAAAAUGAACGUCUUAAAAACGGUUAUAAUGCAAUUGGAUUUUCUCAAGGUGCUCAAUUCCUGAGAGCGGUAAUUCAAAGAUGCCCCAAUCCCCCAGUUAAGAAUUUCAUCUCCUUGGGUGGUCAACAUCAAGGCGUUUUUGGAUUGCCAAAUUGUGGAACAUUGAAAUCUAAGAUUUGCAACUAUAUAUCUCACAUGAUCAAAUAUGGAGCCUACUUACGACCAGUUCAAGGAAAAUUUAUUCAAGCAACGUAUUGGCAUGAUCCAUACCAAGAAGAAGAAUAUAAAAAGAAAAGUAUGUUUAUGGCCGACAUCAAUAACGAGCGUUAUAUUAAUGAGACGUAUAAAGAGAAUCUUCAGAGAUUACGUACCAUGGUACUAGUUAAAUUUACUAAUGAUACCAUUGUCAACCCUACAGAAACGGAAAUGUUUGGAUUUUACAAACCAGGACAGGGAUCGUUAAUUCAAACAUUGGAACAAACUGAUUUAUAUCGUGAGGAUCGUUUAGGUUUGAAAAUGUUACACGAUUCUGGGAGAAUUCAUUUUCUUAAUGUACAUGGGAACCAUUUGCAAUUUACGGAAGACUGGUUUGUAGAUAAUAUAAUAAAAAAAUAUUUGUUAUAAGAAUUAAUAACAUUAAAUAAUGUAUAAAGAAUUAACCUUUUUAAAACAAAUGUUAUAUCUGUGUAUACAUAUGAACAUUUCACUAUCUUUGCUUAAUACAUAUAUCAUUAUUGUAUCUACGUAUUCCUUUCACUAAUGCACAUUCUUCUCCUGUAAUUGGAUGCUAUCACAAUAAUUUAAAUAUGUAUACUUUUUGUAAAAACUACAUCUAUUCAUCAAUAAAUUUAUGUGUCUAUUAUA